AUGGAACUUUCGCCUGAAGCGCGGAAGGCGAGGCGGCCAGCGGCGCGACGUCUGUGGGGACAUCUCGAAGAAGCCGUGGCAAAGGACAUUCGCUUGCGUUCCACUCAGCAAAGAGUAGAAGGAAGACGAGGAAGACUGAAAGGAUUUGAGGAGAACCCUGGCCGCCGGCGCACGCGACGGAGCGCCGCAGGCCGGGCCUCCGCAUUCCUUGGAAAGACGGCCACGGACGCUGUAGAAAGCAAAGACGAUGCCGAAACCGACUUGAAUGGGAAGGAAACGAGCUAUGGACCCGUCAAAGAGAGAAUUCGCAGGAAACGCGGGAGGCCCAGAAACGCGCCCGGGGCUUCAACUGUCUCCCCUCCAGGCCCGCGAUCAAGGGGGCGGGAGGCCGCACCGACGGCGGGGAUUUGUGGGCGCCGAGAGGCGCGAGAUGAAGGGCGAAGGCGAGCGAAGAGACACACGUGGAGAAGGAACCGAGAGGCUGUGGAUGGAGAAGGGAGGCGAGGCGUUCGGAUGACAGAGCGACUCCGCAGAGCGUCGCUUCCAAGUCAGGAAGACUCGUCUAGAGACCCUGGCAGUAAGAGGCCAAAAACGGUGAAAGCGGCGCCGGACUCGCUCACGGGGUCGAACCCAGCGUCCUUCACAGCUCGAGACAGAGUCUCAUGGAAUGAAGGACGAGAAAGCAAGGCGGAGCACAAUGCGUCGGAGGUGGAAGCGAGCGACCGGAAAAGUGGAGGAGAAACGCGUGCAGACACCACAAAAGACCACACGCUGUUUCACUCGGGUUACGGAGUUGAGAUCGCAGCAAAGUCAAGGCUCGCUCGUGAACACCAAAUCCACACUCAGGCAAUCCUGAAAAGCCCCAGCUCAAACGAAAACACAGUGUCUUCUCCGGUCCCUCGCUCCCUCUUUCCCUCCUCAAACGCAUCGAGUGCACCCUUUCUAAAUCACAGAAUGCCAUUCUCGCCUUCUCCAGGCCUCCUGGCGCAGCCGCCUCCCGCGUUCCCAGAACCGACUUCUCUCCCUUUGUCAGCUUCGCUACCUCUACCUCCGUCUAUCUCUUCAUUGCAUUCUCUCCCUUUGUCACCUUCGCUACCGCUACCUACUUCUGUCUCUUUAUCGCCCUCUCUCCCUUUGUCACCCUCUGCCCCAGAGUCUCUGGCUGCGGCUCAAGAUGGCCCUGACGUUUUCAGCGUGUCUCCACCGGCCGAGCGGCGUGACGUCGGAGGAGGCUCCUUUGUCCCGGAAGGCGCAUGCAUUUCGAGUUUUUCCCGGGCUCAACUUCUGCAAAUUCGUCUUCUUCACAUGUUGUUCGAGCAUAAAACUGCGACGCUGCAACCGGAAUCUCUCCCGGGCCUGUCCAACGACUCUCAGCGCCCCGCGUUCUCGCCUGCGUCGACUGCCUCGACGCCUGGAUCUUCUCCCCCUUCGUUGCCAGCUCCAGCGGCUUCUCAAAGGCAUAUGCCGCUUGUCCGUGCCGCCUGUGCUCUGCCGGGCCGGGAAGAAGCGAAGAGAAGUUUCACAACAACAGGUCCACCGGACAGUGUCGCUCGCUGUUCCGGUAAGGCGGACGCGAACAAGUCGACGACCUCAUCGACGCGGUCCCCCACUGUCUGUCUCUCUUCCUCUUUCCCUCCCCGUCCUGCAGGCGCCAACGAGUUCUCUUCCCUCGCUACCUGCGAGGCCCCCGGACACCCUGUGCCAGCCCCGAGCCUGCUCCCUGUCGAUCUCUCUCACGCGCCGUCCCUCACCGGGUCCCCGCCGCUCGCGCAGGAAGCUCCAGCUGCAUGCCGGGGGCGUCCCGUGUCUCUGCUUGAGGGCGAAAGCCAGGGCUUCGCUUCCUCAGUGCGGGGGAGUGGCCAAGAAAGCGAAGAGCCGCGGCGACUCUCAGAGCGUUUGGGAGGCGAUGAGGCAGGCAGGCGAUCCUUUUCCCCUCUGGCGGCGGCGGGCAGCAGUAGCCGAGGAGAAGAGGGCCUAGAGAGAAGUGCGGCGGACUUUGAAGAGGCGAACGAAAAAGAGGAACAAGGAAAAGAAGACCAAGAGCCACACCUGUCCCCGUCGUCUCUCGCCCCGAAAAUCCUUCCAAGACCCGCGACCCAAAGCUCCCCUACCGCUUGUAUCUCUCGUGGAAAGGAACACACGAUGGAGCUGUCUCCAGGUAAAAACGGUCGUCCGCCAAUUGGUCUGUUCUCUGCGACUCUGGAGCAGACCCACGCAGAAGCCGGUUGUGCUGAAACGCGCUCGAGAAACAAAGUGUCUCCUGUCUCUAGCCCCGUCGGAGGCGACGGGGCAGUGACGACACAACCGCUUGGAGAGCCUCCCCUCGCGGUGACUUCCUCGCCUCUUCAGCGGGGCCGAGAGGGCCCAGUAGUCUUGUUUGUGCACGGGCUCGAGCCUGGGGGACCAGAAGACAGGGAGGCAGUCGCGGGGAUGGCAGAAGAGCCAACCCCACACAAAAACUGUCGAGAGUCAGAAGACGCGUCUCUCUAUGGGUCGCAGCUGUUGCAUUCACAAAGACAGCUGAGAGACCGGGGACACAGCAGCGCGGAGUCCGAAGCAUCCGAGGAAGACUCGUUUGAGCCAGGCACGACGCGGAGCUCGCCGCAAGCGACCGACAGGCAGGUGAAUCCUUCAUCGGGUUCGUCGACGAAUGCUGCGCUCCGACAGAAGGCGACAGGAAGCGAGCCGACCAACAGCAUGUUUGAGUUCGUUGAGGCCCACAGGCUCCACUCGAGGCCGAGUUGGGAGGCAAGAGAAGAAGGUGUAACAGGAGGGGCGGCGACUGACCGGGGCGACUCUCGCCUGUCUGUGAAGAGUUGCGGGGGCCUGAGAAAGCCUCUCGAUGCAUCGAACACCGCUUCAGUCUCUGUCGCGGACGACGCCCGACCUGAGAAACGCCUCUCGACGAAAGACUUCUUCCGGCGACACUACACAGGUCCUACGCUGCCACCGCACCCAUCCUGCGCUCUCUCUUUCGGAACGAGCAGCGAAAGCGAGGGCGAGGAAGGCCAUGCAAAAAAAAAGAAGAAGGAACGUCGAGUGAACGUGGGCGCUGCUGACGCCUUGUGGCAACCGCACUUCCACCCUCACAACCAGGAAUUCCGGGUGCGAUACAGAUACAAGGGAAGCAUGAGGCUGAAGACGAUCUCCUGCGCUCGCUUUGGCCGCGAGGGGGCGAAGCGCUUGACGGCGGCGUUCGUGGAGAGAUGGCGCCUGACCGGAAGAAGGGUCGCCGCGAAGACUCACCGCUCGCGGCUGGCCCUUGUAGACCUUCCCCAAGACACGCAUCUUCUCCCUGGGUACGACAAGAAGCGCAGUGGACUCGCGUCGGCUUCCACCUUCUCUGCGGCCUCUUGCUCUCCCGCUUCGGUCCAGCCGUUCGCGCAUUUCUACUUCGCUCGCACCCCACAGCUCGGCUCCGCGCCCUUUCCCUCUCUGGCCCCUCAGGGCCUCACUGCCCCGACGACUCAGGCACCCCAGCCUUUCGCAUCCUGCUCCAGCGCAGCUCCCAUGGUCCCCGCGCCUUCCGCCUUCCCCCUUGUGUCUCGAAUUCUCGCCACUCAAGCGGAAAAGGUUCAGUCUUUCAUCCCGAAACCCCAGGUCGUCCCCGGUGCAGUGGGAGUUGCCAGUGCGCAUGGAGUUGCCGGCAACUACCUGGCUCUGCAUGAAGCCACCCGAGGCACGGUCGACGCUUCACCGAUCCUGCCUCCUCAGUCUGGCUCUGGACAGUUUCGACAUCGCCCCCCACACGGGAUUCUUCCUCCUGGACCCCAGACACUCGGCGCUGAGGGCCUCAAGCCCCCCUUCUGUCAUAGCGUAACUGCAUCUGCCAUCGACCUAUUGGAGGCGAAACGCCUUGAGCUAGCUCAGCUCCGCCGCCACUCUCCCUUUCUCCCCUCUCCCCUUCUCUCCGUCGCACGCUCCACGACGGACCUUCCGCGACCCAUCCCGGGAGUGUCUCCGAGCUUGCUCGCUUCCAGAACGAGUCGCCCAGGUCUGUCGCUGUCUCAACUUCCUGGAGGUUCCAUGACCCGCGCCGCCUCUGCCCUUCCCCUUCCGCCGACUGGACUCGCUGCUUCUCCCUUGCCUCUGCCGUCUGCGCUUCUCGAGGCGAGUUCGACUUCCUCCACCGCCAGCCGGCCCGCGAGUGGCGGGGAGGCUUACCAGGUGCCGUCUUCCAUCUGUUACCCUGAACGCGCAGGCCGGCAAAUGCAUGCGUGUGGUUCUCCCCUCCUGUCUGGUGCGUCUGUUUUUCCUUCUGCUUCUCCGGCAGCCUCCCCCGCCUUCGCCUCGCUCUCCUCGCUGACUUCGGUGUUAUCUCCCCUUUUCUCAGAGAACAACUCUGGGCAAGCGCCUUCGAAGGGUGUCGACGACCGGCAGGCCCUAGUGCUGCGUCUCCACAGUAAGUUGAGAGCACCGCCCCAGGAGGCGUUAGCGCGGCCUUCAUCGGAAGAAAAACGACUUUCCGGGGCUGGCUUCUCCCGAGAACGUGGCGACACAGAAGCAGAGCCUGCAGGCGCCACGAGUAGCCAGAGCGUCGCAGAGGAACCGGAAGCCUCCCGGUCCGGUCCUUCGGCAGAUGGGUGCACAGAGUCACCGCGGCCCGGAGUCAAAGACUCAGGACAACUGGACGAGGGAAGGUGUUCGCCUUCUGUGGUGACGCAGAGUGAAGCUGACGGCGAACCCGGAAAGAACGAAGAGAGGGGCACCGGUCGAGAGGCCAAUAAGUCUAACAGACGAACGGCGAACGCGCUUAACCCACGCGGCCCAGAGCUCCCGCGCGAUUCUCGCCUGCAUGGGGACGAGAGGAGCCAGGAUGCAUCGGAGACGCCUGGGCCUCCCGCUUUGGGCGCAGAGAGACAGUCUUUGGAAAACAGUGGAGUGGAGUGCAGUGAACAGCGUCAACGGACAGGCUGGUCACACGAGAACGGAGCCCAGGUCGAUGGGAGGGAGGUUCCUUCGCACCCCCUCGUCUUUCAGCCUUCCCGGGACCGUCCUAAGGAAGCUUCAGGGAUGUCUGAACCGCAUAUGGGGCUCUCUGUCUCAGGCGGGUGCAGGCACGAGACUUCUCUCAGGUGGAGGGGAGGUGACUCAGCAGCCCACCAGAAUAUUUACGCGGCGGGGUUUCGGGGACGCGCGGCAUUUAUGAGGGUGCCCUCAUCUGCAGUGCAUCCUCCCGCGGCUCUUUCCUCCGCAGUGCCCUCGUCGGUUCUGGCAACAGGCGUGGCUCCUGCGCCCGGAGCAGCACUGGGAACUCUUUCGAUGGAAGGCGUCGGCUGGGCCGGAGGCCUCGGCCUGAGCGCAGCUGGAGCGUCGCCUCCAGGUGCAGUGCGGACGCCGUUUCUCGCGUCUGCUCAGCCUUCUGGUUUGAAUGUGCAAGCAAGCGAAACAGGAGUGAACUCUCCGGAAGGCUCGAAUUCGGUGCAGGUUUUGUCCGGUUUCAGCCCUCCAGUUUCCCCCGCGCCCCUGUACAAGCUGAAGCCUUCGCCAGAGGCGCCUUUCCCUCAGCAUCCAUUGAUUCACUCUUCGGUCCCGGAAUUUUCUCCACUUCCACCUCCGUCGCUCUUCCCCGCAAAUGACGCCUGCGGACGCCCGUCCGGAUCCGCGCUCGCCGCACCCACUUGGUGGGGUCUCCCAGCAACUCGCGGAACGACGCCGCUUGCGAGGGACGUUCUGGCGCUGCAACUUUCUCAGAUGCCUCCAGUCAGCGAGUGUUUCCUCGAGCAAAGCGCGCGAGCGAACCGCAGCCUCUCAGGUGUACAGACCGACGAUUCUGGGCGAGCGACGAACUUUGCUACUGUGGGGUUUUCAGCCAGUGUCGGUGCAGUAUGUCACCGGUUGUCUGCCGGAUGUGCCAUCGAGCAGACGAAUGGAAUAUGA